CGCUCCGGCACUCCUCUCUUGAAGAACGACGACUCCGACAGAGGCCGUGCCCGAUACAACCACUCCAGACCAACCUCACCUCGCCCGCCGACGUCCCCUUCUUCCUCUUCUCUCCCUGUAACAACAACACCCCAAAGACCAACUUUCAGCCGCACGUCCACCAUGCGCUCCCGCUCGCCGGACACGCAGGCCCGGCUGGCCGCCCGCAAGAAGUACACCUUCGCCGCCUUCUUUCUUGGCGUCUCGCUCGUCUCGUUCUGUAUCCAGACAGAGCUGGCUGCCUACGUUCAGACUGACCUGGGCUGGAACAAGGCAUACUGCAUGCUCUACCUCACCCACGGGUCCUGGACGCUGCUCUGGCCCACGCAGCUGCUCAUCCUGCGCCUGCAGAAGUGGAACAUGCCCUGGCGCACUUUCUGGCGGCGGCAUCUCUACAUCGUGCGCUCGACCGCCCACAUGGUUGCGCAACAGGACCUCGACGUCUCGCCGCACCUGGUCCGCAAUGUCAGCCCCUGGCCGUACCUGAUGCGCACCACUGCCUUUAUUACCAGCGCGCUCACCGUGGCCGGCUUGAGCUGGUACCUGGCCGUCGACAUGACGAGUCCGAGCGACCUGACCGCAAUCUAUAACUGCUCGGCCUUCUUCGCAUACGCUUUCAGCGUGCCUCUGCUCAAAGAGAAACUCCGGCUGGACAAAUCCAUCGCGGUGCUCAUUGCCAUCGUGGGCGUCCUGGUUGUCGCCUAUGGCGACUCCAAGGGAACAUCCGCCUCCGACGGAGACGCCAAGUCCGCCUCGUCGCGCCUGCUAGGCAACAUCAUCAUCGGCGCCGGGUCCGUGCUCUACGGGCUGUACGAGGUGCUCUACAAGCGCUGGGCCUGCCCGCCCGAGGGCGUCUCCGCGACGCGCGGCACCAUCUUUGCCAACUGCUUCGGCUCCUGCAUCGGCCUCUUCACCCUGACGGUGCUUUGGAUCCCGAUCCCGCUGCUGCACAUGGUCGGCUGGGAGCCCUUUGAGCUGCCUACGGGCGACACGGCCUUCUGGCUCGGCAUCUCGGUCGUCAUGAACGCCACUUUUGCGGGCUCCUUCCUCGUCCUCAUCAGCCUCACCAGCCCCGUCCUGUCCUCCGUCGCGUCCCUGCUGACCAUCUUCAUCGUCGCCAUCACCGACUGGCUGCUCAAGGGCGAGAGGCUGAGCUUCGCGGCGCUCGCGGGCGGCGUGCUCAUCAUCGGCGCCUUCCUGAUGCUCAGCUGGAGCACGUGGCGCGAGAUGACCGAGGAUGCUGAGCGCAAG